AUGAAGCCUUUCAAGUUGCUCUGCAUAGGAUUGUUGCUGAACCCUCUCAAUUGCCUCUUGUUGGAGAGAGCUGACCCUCUUUCACCUUUAUCUACCUUUGAAGUGAAAGGAAAUGCAGGAUUCAAAUCACGCUCAGUGAGUGUAUUUGCUGUUAAGAUGAAUGAUCCUGACUUCAGAAGCCCUAAGAGUCAUAUCUCAGGAAACCACAGGUCUUGGAUGGGCAAGCACCUGUCAGAAUUCUUCAGGUGCUCCAUACCUCCAGCAGCCAUUUUUCCUUUUUUUGUCAUCAUAGCAUCAGUGGGAAUCCUCUGCUGGAUCACGUAA